UCUUUGAGGGUUGCACAUUUUCCCUUCAUAGUAUUAUCAUUGCGGCAUCUUGUAAAUAUCCACAGUCUUUGUUUUCACGUGGUGUCACUAAACAUCAUGGCGGCUGGUUUCAAAACCGCAGAGCCACUUGAAUAUCACAGGAGCUUUUUGAAAGAAAACUGUCGUUCAGAUGGAAGGGAUUUGGGAGAGUUUAGACCCACAACGUUAAACAUUAACUCCAUAAAUACUGCAGAUGGAUCAGCAAUGGUUAAAAUAGGAAACACGACGGUGAUGUGCGGGAUUAAAGCUGAAUUAGCAAUGCCCUCUUCUGAUUCUCCAAAUAAAGGAUAUAUAGUCCCAAAUGUAGAUCUGCCACCUCUGUGCUCAUCUAAAUUCAGACCUGGGCCACCAGGGGAACAAGCUCAGGCCGCCAGUCAGUUUAUGGCUGAUGUCAUUGAGAGUUCAGAUUUAAUAAACAUGGAGGAAUUGUGCAUUGAAAAAGGAAAGCUUUGUUGGGUGUUGUAUUGUGAUAUAAUGUGUUUGGAUUAUGAUGGGAACUUACUUGACAGCUGCAUUAUAGCUCUGCUGGCAGCUUUAAAGAACGCAAAACUCCCUGAAGUCACGAUAAACAAAGAGACAGAUUUAGCGGAAGUUGACAUCCAGACAAAGAAACAUUUGAAGAUCAACCGGCACCCUUUUGGCUCAUCGUUUGCAGUUUUUGACGAUACUAUCAGUAUAGUAGACCCUACAGCCGAAGAGGAAAACUUGUCUACAGCGUUAUUGACUGUAGUAACAGAUGAAGAGGAUCGACUGUGUGCCAUUCACAAACCAGGUGGGACUUCUUUAUCAGCUGAAAAACUGCAGCACUGCAUAAAUCGCGCCGUAACCAGAAACAAAGAAAUCGUCAAACUGCUGGACAAAGUGACCGAGAUCGUAAAGACGUCCAAAUAAACACACCAAGACGUUUUUUAUCUAAAAGCUGUAUUUUUCACUGUCAAUAUAUACUUUCUUUUAUCACAAUAAAACUGCCGACAAAGACCAUUUACAAAAA